AUGGAGGACUGCCUUCACACCUCCUCCGAAAACCUCUCCAAGCUGGUGAGCUGGGCCCACAGCCACGGGACCAUCUGCAGCCUCAUCCCCAGCCUCAAGCACCUGCUCUCCGAGGGGGCCCACGGCAACCGGACAGCCAUGUGGGGCUGUAGUGCAGGCCAUGCCUACCACUGGCCCUUGGCCGCCACUUGCCGGGCCGGCUCGCAAGAGCGUGUCUGCUUCCAGGACAGCCGCAGCUUCAACUCGGACAGCCCCAGCAUGCUGGGGGUGCCCUCAGAGGUGCAGGCCAGCCCCCUGGAACGCUACCCAGUCCGGCCAGGGAAGGCCAAGCUGGAUUGCACCCGCACCCGUGACUCCUGCGACUUCUCCUACUGCAGCGAGCCGUCAGAGCUGGGCGAGCCCGUGGAGGAGUACGAGGAUGAAGCCACCCUCUUUGACAUGGUCUGUGAGUCCUCUGUCACUGACGAGGACAGCGACUUUGAGCCACAUCCCCACCGUGCCCCCCCUCCCAUCGGCCCACGCAAGCGUCUGGCUGCCAGCCUGUCCACCGCUGCCCAGGCCCAGCCCGCUGAUGAGGGUGGCGGUGAGGUGCUCCUCAAGAAGAUCAAGCAGGAGCUCCCUGAGGACUACUAUAUUGUGGCCAAUGCUGAGCUGACAGCUGGUGCCGAUGGGCCAGCACUGGCCCUGACGCAGAUGUCGAAGCCCAAGCUGCAGGCCCAGGCCGGGCCCUCCUGCCUGGGCCCUGCCAGAGCCCUGCCCCAGCCUGCUGUCGGCCCUGACCCUGAUCCACAGCACCUUUCCACCUCACCUGGUCCACCCCGGCUGGCCACACAGAGACCAUCCCGGGGCAUCCUGGCCUCCCCGGCAUGGGGGGCCAUCCCCCUCUCAGCCCUGCAGCUGCCUGGGCAGGAGGAGCCGCCGGCUGCUGAUGAGACCCUCCUGCCUGCCCUGCAGCUGGCCUCGGGUGCUGAGGCAGCCAGCUCACCCUCAGUGAGUGCCGAGCCCGAGGGCAGCUCCAGCCAGCAGCAGCCCCAUGCUGCCCCCGCCGCCACCCCCGAGGCAGCGGCGCCAUCCAUGCCAG